AAAGUUGAAUCAUGGGCGUUACAGAUGAUUUCUCGAAGGGAGAGACAGAUACGUGCUCAUCAUCAAUCAUCAUCAAGAAGGAAAAUGGAGAGAAAGAGAGAAGAUUGAUUUCUUCUUCUUCUCCCACCAGACUAUUCAUCUAACGUUCCUUGUCUAAUCUCUCCGUUUCGAUCUAUCUUCUUAGGGCUUCUCCUCGUUCUCUCUCCGUCAAAGCUCUUACCUUUCGAUAAGACCCAUUCCUCAAUUCUCGAUUUCGUUUAAAAAAACUGAACUUGUGGAGACGCCAUUUGGUUUUCAGGGUGGGGAAAUGGAAAUCUCAGCUCUUGUCGACAGUAUCUCGUCGUUUCUGAACCUGUCGUCUUCCAGACAUAUCGAUUUAGACCCGUUUGAUAAAUACUACAAGAGAGUCCAAGCCUUGUUGCUAGUCUUGAAGCCAAUAGCCGAUGCUUCUGUUCUCAGCUCCGAUCUUGUUUUAGAAGAGGAGAAACUUUGUAAAUCGUUUCAAGAAUUGAGUCAUGAUGUUGAUCACUCCAGAGAUCUUUUCACAAGCUGGCACGCUUUCUCCAGUAAAGUCUAUUUCGUCCUCCAAAUUGAAUCUUUGAUACCCAAGAUGCGAGACACAAUUGUGGAUACAUUCCAGUUCCUCAAAUCUUUGAAGAACGACCUACCUGAUGAGCUCAGUCCAGCUUCCUUGGAGAAAUGUCUAGAGAAGAUUAAUCACCUUGGUUAUGAAGAAAUAUCUUCUGUCAUUGAUGGUGCUCUAAGGGAUCAAAGAGAUAACGUUGGACCCACCCCAGAGAUGUUAGUAAAAAUUGGAGAGAACACUGGUCUGAGAUCAAACCAAGAGAUUCUUAUCGAAGCAGUUGCUCUGGAGAGACAAAAAGAGAUCGCUGAGCAGUCUGAGAACAACGCAGAAGUCGAGUUCCUUGACCAGCUGAUUGUUAUCGUUAACCGCAUGCACGAGCGUCUCCUUCUCAUCAAACAGACUCAGACAUCUAGCGUCUCCAUUCUCGCCGACUUCUUCUGCCCUCUUUCCCUCGAAGUCAUGACCGAUCCAGUGAUUGUGUCGUCAGGACAAACGUAUGAGAAGGCCUUCAUCAAGAGAUGGAUUGAUUUGGGUUUGAAAGUUUGUCCCAAGACUAGGCAGACUCUGACUCACACCACUCUGAUACCUAAUUACACUGUGAAGGCUUUGAUCUCUAACUGGUGUGAUACUAAUGAUGUGAAGCUCCCUGAUCCUAAUAAGUCGACAAGUUUAAACGAGCUCUCUCCUCUCUUGUCUUGUACAGACUCCAUUGCUGGUGUUUCUGCUUCUGCCUUGGAGAACACUUCUUCAGUAAAUGAUUUUGAGGAUAGAUCUAACCAUUCUAGAGAACUGAAUAGGUCAUCUGUAUCUUCAGUGGAAAAUGGGCAAACAUCUGAGAAUCAUCACCACCAUCUUAGGUCCCCUUCUGCUACUAGCUCAGUUUCUAACGAGGAGUUUCCAAGAACAGAUGGGAAUGAGAAUUCAGAAGAAUCAGCUCAUGGUACACCUUACAGCAGUGAUGGUUCAGGAGAGAUUAGAUCAGGGCCUCUCGCUGCUGCAAGUGCAACCACUUCAUCAGCAGCAGCAGCAGCUCCUCGGUCUGGUUUAUCCUCUCCAAGGUUUAUGGAUAGACGUAACAACCGUGGUGGACAGUUCUGGCGCCGUCCUUCAGACAGACUAGGUUCAAGGAUUGUCUCAGCGCCUUCCAACGAGGCUCGGCGUGAGCUCGCAGAGGUGGAAAACCAAGUCAAGAAGCUCCUGGAGGAGCUGAAGAGCAGUUCUUUAGAUGUUCAGAGACAAGCGACAGGUGAGAUAAGGUUGCUAGCUAAGCACAACAUGGACAACAGGAUAGUAAUAGGGAACUCCGGAGCAAUCGUCUUACUAGUGGAGCUGCUUCGCUCAACAGACUCAGCUACGCAGGAGAACGCAGUCACAGCUCUUCUCAACUUGUCCAUCAACGACAACAACAAGAGUUUAAUCGCUGAGGCUGGUGCAAUAGAGCCGCUCAUCCACGUUCUUGAGAACGGUAGCUCCGAAGCUAAGGAGAACUCGGCUGCUACGCUCUUCAGCCUCUCUGUGAUAGAAGAGAACAAGAUCAAGAUCGGUCAGUCGGGUGCCAUAGGGCCGCUUGUGGAUCUUCUUGGGAACGGUACUCAACGUGGGAAGAAAGACGCUGCUACUGCGUUGUUUAAUCUGUCGAUACAUCAAGAGAACAAGGGGACGAUUGUGCAGUCUGGGGCUGUGAGGUAUCUGAUAGAUCUUAUGGAUCCUGCGGCUGGGAUGGUGGACAAAGCGGUGGCUGUGUUGGCUAAUCUAGCUACGAUCCCGGAAGGGAGAAACGCUAUUGGCCAAGAAGGUGGGAUUGGUCUUCUUGUUGAGGUGGUUGAGUUGGGUUCAGCUAGAGGGAAAGAGAACGCUGCGGCUGCUCUGCUUCAGCUUUCGACCAACAGUGGGAGGUUCUGUAAUAUGGUGCUUCAAGAAGGAGCUGUUCCUCCUCUCGUCGCUCUCUCGCAGUCUGGUACUCCCAGAGCCAGAGAAAAGGCACAGGCAUUGCUUAGUUACUUCAGGAACCAAAGGCAUGGAAAUGCUGGGCGAGGCUGAUGAUGAUGAUGAGUAGUGAUUUUUGUACAGAAGAGGUUUCAUCUGCAAAUAAUUCCAUAGGCCAAGAUUUUUGUUGACUCUCUGCUGCAUUCUUUGAUCUUCGUUUUUAAUAAAGUCUUUAAACUUUAAAGGAAACAGUUGUAGUUGUUGUAAAUGUGAACCGAGUGAGAGAAUAUGUAACCAUUGACGGACUAUUAUAACAAAGCUGAUUACGUGUG